AUGCAUAAAUCUGCAUCACUAGACUCGUUAAAUUUACGUACAACUUCUACUACGUCAGUUUUAACAUCGACAGCAAAUCCAGAUGUUAAACCUAGUUCCUUUUCUAAACUAACUCGUCGUAUGGCAACUAUCCCUACACCGAAUCGACCAGUUAGAUUAUUAACAUCUGCUAAAAUUCGAUCUUGUAUUAACGAAGAUUCGUCAAUGCUAACUACUAAUGUAGAUACAAAUAAACAUCUUGAUUCACGAGACAAAAGUCAUGCUUUACUUGGUAGUAAACAGAAUUCAUCAGAAUUAUUGAAUAUAGUUGCCAAUCGAUCGAAUCAAGAAGAUCAGAACAAAGAUGAGGAAGAUGAAGAUAAUGAAACCGAAGCUUUAUUUAAUCGAUUCAGAGUUUCACGUAGACUUCGAUUUAAAGCUAUACCUCUUCUUGUUCAGGGUGAAGCUAAACGUAAAUAUAUAAGAUAUCGUCGAUCUAUUAUAUCUUUUGACAAUUUUUAUGAAUUUUUGUUAACAAAUUUUGAUGUAACUCCUCCAGUAUCUAGUACUUCAAAACCUAGUUAUGUUAAUCCUAUGCCUGAAUCUGCCAAAAGUACCGUUUAUGUCAAUACAUCAGUGACUGAACUUAAAUCGAACGUUGUUAGUUCAACCGAUUUUGAUUCAGUUAUAACUGAUUUACGUAAAGCAAUUGUAGCAGAUUUUAUUAAAAAUCCGAAGAUUUUUCGUGGUUAUAAAGAUGAUGUCACAAAAUGGUUAGAAGGAAUUGAUCAUCUAAUGCAGAUUGCACAUGUUCCUGAUUCUAAUCGGCUAGAUUUGAUUUCGUACUCUUUAAGAGGAGAUGCUCUUCAAUGGUUUAGAAAUAAUAAAUCUACAUUGACUAGUUGGACUACAUUUAUUCAGGAAAUCAAAAAAGUAUUUACAUAA